UGUUCGUGUCGUGAGUUUGCGACUUUUUUCCUGGCGACGACAGCGACCACGUCUAUCUACUUUGUCUCUGCCACUGCUGUCCAGCGGGCCCCCAGCCAAGGCCUCAUCGCAAGCAUGAACUCCAUCAAGAUCUUUGCAGGCAACAGCCAUCCAGAGCUCGCCCAGAAAGUCGCGGAACGGAUCGGCAUCGAGUUGGGUAAGGUUGUUGUACUCAAGUACUCAAAUCAAGAGACCGCCAUCACCAUCGGCGAGUCUGUGCGGGAUGAAGAUGUCUUCAUUAUCCAAACAGGUUGUGCAAGUAUCAACGACCACCUCAUGGAACUCCUCAUCAUGAUCAACGCCUGCAAAACAGCUUCUGCGCGUCGCAUCACGGCCGUCAUCCCAAGCUUUCCCUAUGCGCGACAAGAUAAGAAGGACAAAUCUCGUGCUCCCAUCACAGCGAAACUUGUUGCGAAUAUGCUUCAAACGGCUGGUUGUAACCAUAUCAUUACGAUGGACUUGCAUGCCUCCCAGAUUCAAGGAUUCUUCAAUAUCCCUGUGGAUAACUUGUUUGCUGAGCCAUCCAUGUUGAAAUAUAUUAGAGACAAGUUGGAUUAUCGGAACUGUAUCAUUGUUUCCCCUGAUGCUGGUGGUGCGAAACGAGCAACAGCAAUCGCGGAUCGGUUGGACUUGGACUUUGCCCUCAUUCACAAGGAACGGAAAAAGGCAAAUGAAGUGUCGCGUAUGGUCCUGGUCGGUGAUGUGCGCGGCAAGGUGUGUGUCUUGGUGGAUGAUAUGGCGGAUACGUGUGGGACUUUAUGUUUGGCUGCAACGACACUACUGGAGAAUGGCGCUUUGCAAGUCUAUGCCAUUGUCACGCAUGGUAUUCUCUCCGGUAACGCCAUGGACCGCAUCAAUGCCUCAAAAUUGGAAAAAGUCGUCGUCACCAAUACCCUCCCACAAAGCAACAAGGUGGAGCAAUCGUCCAAACUCGACAUUAUUGAUGUCAGCGCCGUUCUUGCUGAAUGCAUCAGACGUAUUCAUCAUGGCGAGAGUGUCAGUGUCUUGUUUUCUGCCAUUCCUGCGUGACCUCUACGCGUUCCUCCUCAAGGCUGCCUCAAGCAGUGUAGAGAAGGGCAAAGAAAGAAUGUUAUAGAAAUGCUAUCUACGUUCAACGUCUAGACGGG